GCCAAGCCAAGCCAAGCGUUAAAGCAGCAGCUAUGGCGGCCGAAUUCAGCUUACUGUAGUCGAAUGGGAAGUUUGCAUGGAGUUUGUGUAUUUGUGAAACCAGGAACCGUCCAAAGGACGGGCCUCUGUGUUGCCUUAUCGGUGUGAUCGUGGGACCUCCGUGUUGGUCGUCUAGCCUUCCCGAACCAAAUUCACAGCACAGCCGCCUUCCUGCGCAGCACUCACGUUCAUGUAGCAUUGUCAACGCAGCGACAGUCGCAACGAAUGGAUUCAGCAUCUCCGAUUGCAGCCAGAUAUCCGUGUGGUUAUAAAGCAGAAUCGUGCCGAUUGCAGUAGGCACAGCUCAGUGGCUGCAAGGUCCACCGCAGCCAUGCAAGGGGACGCGGCUACGCAGUGCACCUGGACAGCAGACAUUGUUGUCAAGUCCACGCAAACCGAGGUAUUCACUCAGAAGGUCUCCAGGUGGACGCAGUCCGAUGAUCUGGAAGAAAGCUGCGGUGCCUCUCCACUGCUGGAACUGCCACUUCCAAUCAAAGCAGUGCCUGUGGUACCUAGAUAUUUAAGGCGAACCACCAAUGGACUGCAGAAAGAUGCAGAAAUCGGUGAUACCACGGAAGGUGGCUACAUACUCGGGAUGGACACUGACGCAGUUUUGUGCAAUCAGCUGGGAAGCUCUCCCAUAGUGAAUGCAGAGUCGGCAGACGUUGCCUAUGCGUGCAGACUUUGCUCACUGAAGUUCGAGGAGCUGCAUGCCUUAACCUCCCACGUACUGACGUGCCCGUGGCCCGAGCCAUUCCAGUGUGAGCUCUGUUCGCAGACGUGUGCGGACUGGGAAGCGACACAGGGUCAUCUUGCAUCUCACAUCGACAGUGCCUUGGCGAAGUGCCCGUUCUGCGAGUACAUAUUCGAUGGCAGGAGCUCGAGCAUCAUGAGGCACAUGCAACGGCUACACGUGCGUGUCAAGGCAUUCAUGUGCAACUUCUGCAGGGCCGCGUUUGUCAAUAAGCACGACAUUCAUGCACACAGCCGUCGUAGGUGCCGUGCAAGGAAGUAGGAGGGAAGCCAUGGAAGUGGGCAGUGACAGCUUCAAUAAUUUAGAAGAGUAACAUGCUCACUGUGAUGUGGCGCAUAAUAGAGAGUUUUAGGUAAGGGGAUGUAGGUUGCACCCAAGCGUUGGGUGCGGCUUGCACCCUCUAACAUAAAACUCUCUAAUGUAGAUAUUAAACG